GAAGGAAACACCACAUGAAAAAACUAUUACUGUCACUGCAGCUCUCAAUGGACUGGGCCCUGUUUGUAAUUUUGCAAGUCUUGUUUCAGCCAUCGCUCUCAGACCUGUUCACUGUUGAGGCGGAUCGAAACACGUAUGAGGCGGAGUUCGGAAGAGACGUGGUGAUGGGCUGCGGGUUUCAGCCUCUACCGUCAAACUCUGACCCAGAGCUAAGGGUGACCUGGCACUGGAUCAAAAGUGCCAAAUCCCGGGAUGUGUACCGGAUAACUAACGGCGUGGAGCAGUCCGCAUCUCCGGAGUAUCAGGGCCGAGUAACACUCCUUAAAGAGGAGCUGAAAAUUGGCUGGGCCAAACUAAAGCUCUCCAAUCUCCGGAUCAACGACUCCGGGAUGUAUCAGUGUUUGGUGGAGACGGCAAAAGGAGCCGACUAUAAGACGAUCACUCUGUCUGUUGUAGCACCUUAUAAAUCAGUGACUAAACGCAUAGAGAAGACCGCAGAGGGGCAUCAGGUGCUAUUGACCUGUCAAUCAGAGGGAUACCCCGAGUCGUCUGUUGUGUGGCAGGACGGACGCCGGCAGGGAAUCAAACCCAACACCACCGCUGUGCUAACAGCCAACCAGCUGUUUACAGUCACCAGUCAGAUACGUGUCAAUGCACGGGACAAAAACAACUACACAUGCAACUUUACUAACGACGCCCUCUUCGCGACAUUUCAAGUUCCAGAUGAAAUACCUAUUCCACAGAUAAAAAACGAGGCUCUCUACAUCAUACUGAGCAUCGGAGCCGUAAUGACCGUGAUCAUCGCUGCCGUGCUCAUCUACAGACAACGAAAAGGAUCCAUCGCUCUGAGUGCCAGGAACCUUCUGGGUGUUCAUCCGGCUCGACCUUGUCCUUCUGCCGCCUGUCUACAAAUAAAUACAGGAGACGAGGAGGAGAAAACUGUUUUCAAUGAAUAUGGCAGAGAGCAAAAUCUGGGGGUGUUUCUGAGAGCGCAUUAUUCCGACUCCUUCAGUAAAGAGCUGAGUCGGCCGUGGGACGUUGUCACCGUGGAGGAGUUACCUCCCAGGCUGAAAAACAAUGAGGGCCAGUACAUAAAACUUCAAGAUGUACUCCCAGAAGCUGGAGAGACCCUUUUCCUCGAGGGACCUCCAGGGAGCGGGAAGACGCACCUAGCCCAGAUCCUGGUCUCUUCCUGGACCGGGGGACGGACAAACCUCAUCGAUCUCAGCAUCCUCCGACUUCUGGUUCACGUCGACUGCAGCGCUGUGGAGGGCGAACUGUUCCAGGAAGUAAUGUCUCAACUCUCGCUGAUGAACAAAACGACAGCGGACGAGCUGAGGACAGUGUUAACCAGCUGCAGCGAGGCUCUGCUGUUGUUGGACGGGUACAGAGAAGGAAGCAAAACUUUUGAUGAUUCCUUAAAGAGGUUCCUGAGUGAGAGGGGGGGUUGCAGGGUGCUGAUCAUGGCCUCGCCUGCAAACUGCCCCACGCUCAAGGCGGCAUGUGGAACAGGAGGGAUCCUUAGGCUCGAAACACAAACUCUGUAAUACAGAUUUAUGACAUCAAUGCACUUGUUACGUUUUGAUUAUUUUUGUAUUUAUAGUUUGCAUGAUGCUUUGUUUUUGUAGUAGUUGUUGUCUGGUCCAAUUUUUUAAAAGCCCAAAUGCUGCAAAAUGUAAAUUCAAAGUAUUAUCCAGUUUACAUGAGAAAUGUUAUUAAUUUAGCUAUUGUGUUCUAUGUUUUGUUACAUGUCAACCUUUUUUCACAAGUUUAUAAAACAAAAACAAAAGUACCUACAUCUUUUAUUAUGCCUCAGUGCCAGCACAUGCCGGAGUCAAUACGCGCAAACUUUGAAUCAAGGAUUAACUAUUUACAAUUUGGUGGUCAGAGAACUGAAACUGCACUUAUUUUUGGAGGCUUACACCUGAAGGGGUGAUGAUUCCAGUGGUAUCCCUUUACAGUUUGCACCAGUCACGAAACCCCUAGUAGUGAUUUCAGCUAUACUUUAAACUCUGUCUCCUUUAGAUGUGAUAGUUCACAAAAGUUGGUUCAGUUUCUGUUCUGUCUCAGAGCAGGAGAAAGAGAAAGAUCAUUAUUAGGGUCAGCGACUGCAAGCUGUUACAGUAAAAGGGAAAUGACUCAGUGUUCCUGGCAUGAGACUCUGCUGAUGCCAGUAACAUUGGAUUUUAUUUCUGUUUGUUCUUUAUUUUCUGGUAAUUCUCUAUCAUGUGAACUUAUUAAUGAAUCAGUCAGGUUUUCUUUCGGUCAGCCUCCUAUUCUGUGUGUGUGUCAACAACUGUAAAAAUCAACCUUCACACAUGGAGAGAGAGGAAACUU